AGAAGAAGAAGAAGAAGAAGACCGACACUGGCCCUGCUGAGAUGGAUUUGGCUCCGACAUCAUGCAGUCCCAGCUAUGCAAAUGACUGCAGAUCAGCAGACUUCACAUCACCAGGCCUGGACAUCCAGCAGCUGACUGGUCGUCAAGGAGACCGUCCCCCUCAGCCACAGGGUGGGAGCUCCACUUGGGAGCAGGAGGAGCCACAGCCUCCACUUAUUAAAGAGGAAGAAAUGGAGAUCCACAUUAAAGCAGAAGAGGAGGAGGAGCCACAGCCCCCUCUUAUUAAAGAGGAAGAAAUGGAGCCGGAGCACCCCCACAUUAAAGAGGAAGAGGAGGAGCCACAGCCCCCCGAUGUUAAAAAGGGAGAGGAAGAACUCUCGAUCACUCAGGAGGGAGAGCAUCUUCCAGGGCCAGAGGAGGCUGAUCUCGCCAGGUUGCCACUGACUGGUGUCCCUGCAGUGACGAAAGACCAUGAAGACAAACCACCUGAGCUCUCACAGCUUCAUCAUAGUCCAAGUGAGGAGAUGAGCGAGGCGGAGCCUUCAUGCAGCAGCUCACUGCAACACAUGACAACAGAAGCUGAUGGAGACCACUGUGGAGGAUCACAAGCAGACAACCUCUUCGCUCCACUGUCAGAUAGUGACGACACAACGUCACACUCUCCUGAAGGUGAAGACAGCGACUACAACCAAGAAUCUCUGAGCAGCGAUACAGACUGUGAAGGUGAUAUGAUGACUGGCACCGGCAACAAACACUCGAAAAGCUCUAAAAAGACAACAGUACACUGCUCAGACCAGAGAGUAGAUGACUACUUACACUCCUGUGGGCCUGUGCUCCCAUGAAAAUGUUUCUGCAUGGAGUGUGUGAGGACCUGUCUUUGGCACUUGGGAUCUUCCUUCCUACUUCCCUUUUAUUAGAUUCAAGAUUCAAGAGUUUUAUUGUCAUAUGCACAGUAAAACAGGUGGUUCUGCUAUGCAAUGAAAUUCUUGUUCUGUUCAUUCUCCCAAAAAAGAAAGAAAGAAAAACAGAAGAAAAAGAAUAAGGACAUCAGAAACAUAAAUACCAAUAAAUUAAGCAACAACAACAGAAGAGACAUGAAUACAAAUAAAUAAAUAAAUAAAUAAAGUGCUAUGAGUGUGUGCGUGUGUUGCGUGCGGCGUGUGUGAGUGCUUCGUUGAGAAGCCUGAUGGCCUGUGGGUAAAAGCUGUUUGCCAGCCUUGUGGUCCUGGACUUCAAACUCCUGUAGCGUCUGCCUGACGGUAGGAGUGUGAAUAAUGAGUGUUGUGGAUGUGUGCUGUCCUUGAUGAGGUUGUGUGUUCUUCGUAGGACUCUAGUUUUAUAAAUGUCUUGCAGUGAGGGGAGGGCUGCCCCAACAAUGCUCUGUGAGGUCUUGAUCACCCGCUGGAGUGCCUUCCUAUCACGUGUUGUACAGUUACCGUACCAAACAGUGAUGGAGGCGGUAAGGACACUUUCCAUAGUGCAUCUGUAGAAGCAACAAAGACGAUCAGAGGAGUGAAUGCAUGAGUCGGUUUCUUGUGUCCAAUCCCGUAAGUCAUUCAAAUUCAAACAAAAUGUUAACUUUUUCAAAGAAGAGAGAAAUGUGAUAAAAUGUUAUGAGAAAAAUGUCUGAUAAAACUGGAUAAAGUGUAUGGUGAGCGUUUUUACAGCCUUAAAACGUAUCUAAUAAUUGUACAAAAACACAGUUGGCUACUUGACGGAUUUCAAUUAUUGUGGGCUAUUUUGGAAACCCAGGAGCCCAGUCCCCAAAACCACAUUAGAGCGGCCUAUGGGAAAAACUACUAUGGAGCUAUGGCUCUAUCUAGUGGUUGGAGGGUCGAAUUACAACGUCGUCCUCCAAAGUGUCUCUCUCGACGACAAGCCAUUCCACAUUUCAGUUAUUCAUGAACAAAUCGUGAUAAAAUAUCAGCAUCAUUGCAUAUUGAGAAAUAAGUGUUAUGUUAGGAGUUAAUGGGCAUAAAAUGGUAACUGUGAUGUCAUUA